AUGUCGACCACCGAAAAUAUUCGUAAUGAAAUCGAAAAAUUUAAAACUAAUGUUCUUGUAUCAUUAACAGAAAUUUCUGAACUAGAUGUAACUUGUAAAACAAUAAUAGAGCAACUACUAAAAGAUAUUAGUCUAAUCAAUCAAAAGUCUACAUUAAAAAUUCAAGCAGUUAUUGAUUAUAUGUAUGAACAAGUUAAUAUUGGUAAUUGGAAGGAAGUGAGGUUGUACCUCAGGAAAACCGUAACGAUUGCAACUUACCUUCGACUCAUAGCAUAUUUGAAAUUUUGUGACAGUCUCAAUAAUGAUGUUAUAAAGGAAGCUCUUAAGAUUAUUGACUUUGGAAUAUUAUUUGGCUGCCCAACUGAUGCUGAACCAAAUCUAUUACAAAAUUGUGCAUCAAACCUUCAUUCUGCGUUUAUUCAGGACAAUAAUGAACCAGAAGUAGAUGGAAGAAGGAUUUUAAAUAACACACACAAUUUUGAAAACAAUACUUACAAUUGUAAUGUUUUAGAUGUAAUAAAUUGUCCAAGCAUGGAACAUUUUCUCACCAAUUAUAUUUUAGCUGAUAAACCUGUUAUUUUAGAAAAUUGUAUAAGCCACUGGCCAGCUAUGACUAAAUGGCAGGAUCAAAAUUAUUUUAUAAAACUGGCUGGUCUAAGAACUGUUGCAAUUGAGUUAGGCAGAGAUUAUACAGAUUCAAAAUGGACCCAAAAACUUAUGACAUUAGAAGAAUUUAUAAAAAACCAUAUCUAUGAUGAAAAUGGGAUGACUGGUUAUUUAGCUCAAUAUCAACUAUUUGAUCAAAUUCCUGAAUUAAAAAAGGAUAUUAUAGAACCAGAAUAUUGUUGUUUUUCUGAAAACAGUUCAAUCGAGAUUAUGGCUUGGUAUGGUCCAAAAGGCACAGUAUCUCCUCUCCACCAUGAUCCUAAAAAAAAUUUACUUGCUCAAGUUGUAGGGGAAAAAUUGAUAUUUUUAUUUUCACCACAGGAGUCAGAAAAUUUGUACCCUCAUAGACAUGAGCUUUUAGGUAAUACAGCAAGAGUUGAUCCACGACAACCAGAUUUGGAAAAAUAUCCAAAAUAUAGAGAAGUGAAUGGUUAUUACUGUGUACUAAAAGCUGGUCAAAUGCUCUACAUCCCACCAAAAUGGUGGCACUUUGUUGAAUCAUUAUCAGUGAGUUUUUCUGUAAGCUUUUGGUGGGAA